AAUGCAAUUUCUUCAGCCGAAAUGAGUAACGCAAAAAUUAAUCAGCGCUCAAAUCACCAGUCUGCCCAAAACGAACCUCGACAGAAUUCCAUUUUACUAUUUUGAAAAAAAAAAUUGGUCGAGAACUCAAAUAGUCUUAAUUCGCCUCUAGUUUCUUUUAUUUUUUAGCUUUUCUUUCAAUCGGGAAAAAGACUUAGCUCUGUUAUUUCAGGAUUUUGCAGCAUUCGAAAUUAAUCAGACAACGGCGCAGCACCUUUUUUUUUUCAGUUUGCAUCAUCUCUCGGUGGUUUUAUACCGGAAAUAUCAGACCGCAUUGGGAGAAUGAACGCGCGCGCGCACGCAGUAGCCUAAAUUUCAGACAGAUGACGAUCCACGCGACGUAAACAGAGGACAGUGGCGGGAAUGGCUUUGGAACGCAUUUUAGUUGAAGUGUCUUUUUAUCAUUUCCCAGCAAAUUUUCAAGCUUGGCAGGAAAAUGUCGUCGCCUACAAAGCAAGUUAGUGUUCGAAGGCUGCCGCCGCUUCCAAAUCAGCUAGGUCAGAGGAACAUAAGAGAAGCUAUCAGCUCGAAUAAUGAAAAUCACGCCAGAAGCAGUAUUAAAGCAAAAUCUUCUGGAGUUCUCUCAGAGAUGCGAGUUAAAGAGUACCUAUUGGCCAACCCACAAGUGUUGGAGGAUUUCAUCAUGGCAGAUAUAAGCCAAGAGCAGCUAGAAAGAUGGCUGAUCAGAAAGACACAAUCUGCAGAACAUAUUAAAGAGGACGGUGCCACCCAUGCAAAUGUACAUUCACUAUACCUGGUGGACAAGAAUGGAAGGCCUAUCGUGCAAGCCGAUGGAACUAUAGUUGGUAUUGUGGAAUUGGUUAAAAAACUCGGCAACCCAUCAUUUGAACGGGAGGACGAGGAGAUCGUCAACAGUUAUCUUGCUUGGGGUAGUAUAGCCAUUCAUCAUGCCGAGAUUUCUAAACAAAUGCAAAGGCAAAAAGAUCUAAACAGUUUCCUGCUGAAUGUUGUAAGAUCUAUUUUUGACGAAGUCAAUACUAUGGAUGUGGUAAUCGAAAAAAUUAUGGCUUUUGCCAAGAGUUUGGUAAAUGCUGAUCGCUGUGCACUCUUCAUGGUGGACUCCAAAUCAAAUGAGUUGUACGCCAAUCUGUUUGACGAUGGAGACGAGGAUGGCUCUGGAUACAAAUUUAGAAACGGAGCAGAAAUAAGAUUUCCUAUCAAUAAAGGCAUCGCCGGCUUCGUUGCUAGUACAUCAGAAACCCUGAACAUCAGCGACCCGUACCGUGAUACGAGAUUCAAUCGAGAAGUGGACAUGAAGACGGGCUACAUAACAAAGUCCAUUCUGUGUGUGCCUGUUAGUUGCAAAGGAAGUGUCAUUGGUGUCGUCCAGAUGGUAAAUAAUAGAAAAGGAUUUUUCUCAAAUGAAGAGUCCAUCUUUAUCUGUGAUUUGUAUUUAGAUGCGCACGCAUUUGAAUUGUUUGCUGGUUAUUGUGGGUUGGCUCUGCAUUACAGUCAGAUGUAUAGUGAGCUGUUCAAAGGGCAACAGAAGCACCAAGUGGCAUUGGAAGUUCUUACAUAUCACUGCUGUGUACCAGCGAGAGAAACUGAACUAUGGCUGGCCUCCGCGACCUCCUACAAUUUGCCAAAUGAUUUUUAUAGCUAUGAAUUCAACUUAUAUCAAAGGGAUGACGAAUUAACAAACUAUUUUAUUCUUAUGACCAACGACUUCUUCCAGGAGUGUAAAGUCAGACUUGAUAUGGAGACACUCAUUCGUUUUACCUUGACUGUGAGAAAAGGUUACCGUACUGUGGCAUACCACAACUGGGGGCAUGCAUUUGCUGUAGCUCACAGCAUGUGCGUUAUCAUGAAAAUGGCCUCCGAGGUGUUUACUUGGGAAGAGAAAAUCGCUUUGUAUCUUGCGAGUAUUUUACACGACAUCGAUCAUCGUGGAUACAACAACGCCUUUAUGAUCAAAAACAAAUCCCCGCUGAGUCAUCUCUACUCAACCUCAACCUUGGAAAGGCAUCAUUUUAAACAAGGAGUCUUCAUCUUAGAGACAGACGGUCAUAAUGUUUUAAACGCACUCUCCACGAAGCAGUACAAGUAUACGUUGGAACUUAUGGAAGACGCGAUCUUGGCAACGGACUUAAUGCUGUUUUUCGAUAACAGAGCAAAACUCGACGACAUUAUCAAGAAUGGGAAAUUCUCUUGGAGUAUACCAGAUCACAAGCGGCUUGUUCGAAGGCUGUUGAUGACCGCGUGUGACUUGUGUACCUCUGCCAAACCAUGGUACAUUCACAUCACGUCAGUCAAGAAAGUGUUUGAAGAAUUCUAUCUGCAAGGAGAUGAAGAAAAGCUCAUGGGUCUGACUCCUGUGCCAAUGAUGGAUCGAGCAAGGAUGAGCGAACUUCCUGAAAAUCAGGUCUCAUUUCUCAAAGGCAUCGUCAAACCCUGUUAUUCAACGCUUAUUAGUGUCCUUCCAAUGAUGGAAUCGAUAAUGGCCACUAUUGAUUUAAAUUUGACCUCAUGGGAAAAUCGUAUAAUACAAAAACAGAUGCAGCCGCUUAGUCCCGGAGGACUUCAAGUGCCUGAUGGAACAGACUUGAGGGAGUCUGCGUCUUUUUUUGAUUAUUAAUUAUUAAUUUAUUUCUGGCACUUUUCAUAUCAUAAUUAUUUGUUGAUAAAAUACCAACAAAAUAUCAGAGAGAAGAUUUGAGGCUUUUCAUGGUUCUUGUUUUGUUUUCGUCUUAUCAUUUGAUUUUUUUUUAACUCAUGUUCAAUUACCGAUGUACUUUGUAAAUGUUGGAGUUAUUUAGCAAUCUUACAACUGUUAUAUAUUUGAUAAUAUUAGCUUUUCAUGACACCUUCUGUUGUUUUUCUAUAUUUGUUCUUAACAAGUUAUCCUAAGUUCAUUCAGUUGCACUUCAAAUAACUUAACUUUCCUAUUUUGAUUUCCUUCCUGAAAACGACUCCAAGGUUUCAAUUUCGCUAUCUGCUAGUUUAUUUGACGAAUCCUAAAAACCAUGGUAAAAUUGCAAAGAAGGCGUUACAAUAAUCUGAAUCAUUUUUCAGACGAAAGACAAUAUUCGACAGGUCUGAACAGAAAUUACGCAAAAUUUUAUAUUCAUAUUACAUUAAGCUCGACGAAUUCAAUUUAUCUUGAUGAAAAAUGAAAAAUGGAUUAAGCAAGCAUCUUUAGUACAACUGACAUGAUCCACGAAGGAAAUGUCCUUUUUUUAUAAACCGUUGUAAAUAAACUUAGUUUUGUUGUGCCAAACGGGGAAAAUAAAACCAAAUUUUGAAACAAAGCAGUUGCAUUGAAGAAAGUUUUAUUGAUCGCAGAGUUUUUAACCACCCAACAACUCGCACAUAUAUUUUUCAGCUCGUAGUUGGGAAUUUCCUCCAAAAUUUGCUUCCCUUUUGUUGCGGGGAGGGUGAACUGAAAAAAUGACGAUUAAUUUAGUUAAAAAGGGGGCCAUGGUUACUGAUCUCAUGUCGAAUUAACCUUCUACAGGAUUGGAUCAAGAAACU